UUUUAUAUUAAUAUGUAUACGCACUAUAGUUAAUACACUUGGUAUACAUAAUGCACUCGAAAAUGCAAAAAAAUUAAGUACUUAAUAUAAUUAGAAAACGCAAUCAAGGUGUAUGAAUGUUGUAAAAGGAGGGUUAAGAAUAUGAAUAACAAUGAAAUCACAUAUCAAUACAAAUACGUGACAAGUUCCUGGCUCCAUAUCUAAACAGCAUCCGGAGUUAAAGAUAUCCGAUGGAAAUAUGAUCAUUCUUACACAUUGUUUGAUACAAGUAAGUAGAAUUUGGAUAUUGAUCAAUUGAAUUAACAAAAAAAAUGAAGGAGGAUGACGAGGAAGUUUCUGUCCCAUGGAUACAAGAUCGUAGAAAUAAUACAUCUGAAGUAAGUGUUUAUCAGUCGGUACAAAGUGAUUUAAAUGCAGGAUCCUUGCAAACUUUGUAUCAAAGUCUUCGCAAUAUUCCACUCAAUGGUAUUGCAAGUAUGAGCAGUUUGAAUAGUAUGCACAGUGUAUUCUCUAUGGAAGAGAUUGAACAAACACGUAAUCAGGAUGGAUCAAUAAUUAAUGAUACUGAUGAAACAGUAAUUGAAGGCAGUUGUACGGAUCUGCGGAACAUUAGAAGAGGAUCAAGAUCGGUUUCCAAUUAUGGUGCAAUGUUCAGUUUAUAUUUCCGUGAUGAAAUCCGAACCAUUGAUUUUGUUCUUGUCUGGGACGAAUAUGACACAGGAGCUCAAACAUAUCGCAACACUGAAUACAGACGUAUAUUUGAAAAAAAUUUAGAAAAGGAAGGCUUAAAUUUAGAAUAUGAACAAGCAGAACCAAAUGGUUUACAUUUUAUAAAAGUACAUGCACCUCGAGAUGUAUUAAGACGAUAUGCUGAAAUAUUAAAACUUAGACUGCCAAUGAAGGAAUUACCUGGCAUGGUAAUUUCUGAAAAUCGUAGUAAUACGUUAAUCGAAGAAGUCAAUACAUUCUUUAGAAGAUUCAUGAAAAAAUAUUAUGUUGAUAAAACCAUUUUUCCAACCAUGAAGCACAGUUUUACAGCAGUCUACAGUCGCGACAAAGAAUAUUUGUUCGAUUUAGAUUCCCCUAACUUUUUUACUCCUGCAACUCGUGCCAGAAUCGUGCAAUUUAUCUUAGAUAGAACCAGAUUUACUGAGACUAAGCAUGACGAUUUUGCAUUUGGAAUGGAAAGAUUAAUUUCGGAAAAAGCGUAUGUAGCAGCAUACCCCCUUCAUGACGGUGACCUACAUGCACAGGACUGUAUGAGAUCUCUUUUAUACAACGAAUGGGCAAGCCUAAGAAAAUGUCUUCAUUAUCAACCUUUAGAUUAUAUCAAAGAGUAUUUUGGUGUCAAGAUUGGACUCUACUUCGCUUGGCUUGGGUUCUAUACGCACAUGCUAAUACCUGCUAGCAUUGUUGGUCUUUUAUGUUUUAUAUAUAGUUGUGCAACUUUAUAUUCCAAUGAACCAAGUGAAGAUAUUUGUAAUGGGAACGGUACUAUUGAAAUGUGCCCACUGUGUGAUCAUUUUUGCGGAUAUUGGGAUUUGAAAGAAACUUGUCUGCAUGCAAGGAUUACAUAUUUAUUUGAUAACCCAUCUACUGUAUUCUUCUCAAUAUUUAUGUCAUUAUGGGCAACAUUAUUCUUGGAAUUGUGGAAAAGAUAUUCAGUAGAAAUAACUCAUAGAUGGGACUUGACUGGUUUGGAUGCUCAAGAGGAACACCCUCGACCCCAGUACUUAGCACGUUUAGCGCAUAUAAAGAAAAAGUCUGUCAAUAUUAUUACAAAUACAGAAGAACCAAAGGUUCCAUUUUGGAAAAUGAGAGUCCCAGCCACGAUCCUCAGCUUCUCUGUUGUUUUAUUGCUGAUUGCUGUAGCGAUGGCUGCCGUAUUAGGAGUUGUUUUAUAUAGAAUGUCCGUUUUAACUGCAUUAAGUGUUUACGGCCAUCCCAUGGUAACAAGUUAUGCAAUCCUUUUUACUACAGCUACUGCGGCUAGUAUUAAUUUGUGCUGCAUUAUUGUGUUUAAUUGGGUUUACGUUUGGCUGGCUGAAUAUUUAACAGAGAUCGAACUCCUUCGUACUCAGACUGAAUUCGAUGACAGUUUAACGUUAAAAAUAUAUUUAUUAGAAUUUGUCAAUUACUAUGCGUCCAUUUUUUAUAUAGCAUUUUUCAAAGGAAAGUUUGUUGGUUAUCCAGGAAAGUAUAGGCGUUUCUUCCGUUAUCGACAAGAAGAAUGUGGUCCAGGUGGUUGCCUUAUGGAAUUAUGUAUUCAAUUAAGCAUCAUUAUGAUCGGAAAGCAAGCUAUGAAUACAAUAUUAGAAAUGCUUUUCCCGCUAUUUUUUAAAUGGCUAAAUACUUUGAAAGUACAUGUCGGAAUGAAAACGAAAGACGGAAAGAAAAAAGUCUCUUCCAGAAAGUAUCUCCAAUGGAUUAAGGAUUAUAAGUUGGUGGAAUGGGGUCCAAGAAGUUUAUUUCCAGAAUACUUGGAAAUGGUUCUACAGUAUGGAUUUGUUACUAUUUUCGUCGCUGCAUUUCCAUUAGCACCAUUUUUUGCAUUAUUAAAUAAUGUCUUCGAAAUGCGAUUAGAUGCCAAAAAGUUGCUAACAAUGUAUAGAAGGCCAGUUGGACAACGAGUUACGGACAUAGGAAUAUGGUAUCGCAUUCUUGAUUCCGUGUCGAAAUUAUCUGUAAUAACUAAUGCAUUCAUUAUAGCUUUUACGUCAAACUUUAUACCAAGGUUAGUUUAUCGGUUCACUGUCUCCGAUAAUUAUUCUCUAGAAGGUUUCUUAGAACAUUCUCUUUCAAAGUUUAAUACAAGUGAUCUGCAAAAUGGGACUGAACCGCAUAUUAUACCUAGCUAUGAACAAGUAGAAAUAUGUAGAUAUCCAGAUUACAGAGAACCACCAGAUUCGCCACAUAAAUAUCAAUAUACAAUUAUGUUCUGGCACGUAUUAGCUGCCAGAUUAGCAUUCGUCGUCGUGUUUGAGAACGUUGUUGCUCUUAUAAUGAUAAUUUUGCGGUCGUGCAUUCCCGACAUAAAUCCAAAAUUACGAGAUAAAAUUCGACGCGAAGCAUAUAUAACUAAUGAAAUAAUUAUUCAACAAGAAGCUCUUCGUGCUUGCGAAAGAUCUACAGACGAAGCAGAAGCGAAUCAGCAUUUUACUACAUUAAACGAAAAUGCCAAUCGAUGGAAUAGAGUAAUGAGAAAUAGUUUAUCAAAUUCGGAAUUUGAUUUAGAGGUCCACGGAAGUCCGGUAUCUCCUGCUAAUACACAUACACUAGUUGGUCCAGCCGCGUUAUAGUCAUUAUAGAAUUCGAAACAAUUGAAACAUUUAUUGAUAUUACGAAAUAUUACAAUUACAGCUGUGAUGCUAGUCACGCUUAAGUACCAAUUUUAUUGAUAUGCUUUUUAGGUGAUAUGAAAGUAUCGAGAAAAUUAUUUACAAAUUUGAAUACUACUAAUAUUAUCAGAGGUAUAUAAUUAUAAAAGAUAUACGCUAUAAUGUAUACAUAUUUUUGAUUAAGGGAAAGUAAUUGAUCUGAGAAGGAGAAUUCUCCUUUUAAAACGCUUUAACUAUGAAUCUUACAACUCUGUUCCUUAUAAAUAAGACAAAGUAAUUAUAACAAUUUAACUGAUAUUUAAGUGAUACGUAUAUAUGCUAUGUUAAGUUCUUAAAUCUUUAUAAGAACGUUUAUAUAACAUAAGCAACUAACUCCAUUACUAUUACGUCUUCUAUAAAUUUCGCUAUAUUGGAUAUAUAGAAAAUAUGAUUGAAAUUGUUUUCAAGAUUCUAUGUACUGUUAACUGUUAUGUUUAUGGAGCUUUAUAGCGAACAGAUAUUACUAUGUUGAUCAAGAUCUUAAUUUAUGAAUAGAUUCAUAAGUAUUCCUUUGUUUAAAGUUCCUGUAAAUAAUUGUUACAUGUGGGAUUAAUUUUCAAGGAUGAAUUCGCUAUAUUAUGCUCAUUAUGGAAUGUAGCAAUUAAUUAUUAUUUAAAAAAUGACAAAUUUUAUUUAUUUUCUUUUUAAUAAAAUAUAUCUUAUCAUA